AGACAGUAUACUUUGUUUAUUGUGUGAAACCCAGUAGUUGUUGUAUCUAAAUGAUAUGUUUAGAACAAGCUAAGAUACCUUUGUUGUUAGAUAAUGAAAUACAGCUUCUCUCAUCCAGGACUGCUUAUAGAAUUCAGUCUAUCUCAUUUCUUCCAAAUGAGUUUUUCAAGUCUUUUACUACCUUGCAAUGAUGAGGAAUCUUGUGAUAUAAACCCUUUUUUAUCUUUUUAUUACUUAUGUCAAUGAUAAAGACAAAGUAAUGAUGGUAUGCUUAUAUGCAAUAGCUUUAAUCAAACAAACAAAAGACUCAAAUUGAUCAAAUACAAGCUACUUGAAAGCCAUGUCAAGGCAUCUUUUAUUUGACUGGUAUCAAAAUAAAGAAGGUUUCGCAGUCCACAUUUUUUAUACUACUUUUUUUGUUUUGCAUCAUGAAAAAGGAAUCUCAAAUAGCAGCAACUUACUUGACUGAAUAUUCAGAUACUGUGGAAGCAUUGCCUUUAGAAUUACAACGUAAUUAUGCUCUUAUUCGACAAUUAGAUGAAAAUGCAGAAGAGCUGAUGCAAAAGGUGGCUGACGAAUCGAAACACCUGUUGACUAUCAAUGAGAAACUAUCUGUAGAAGAAAGAAGGAAACGUUUGGAACAUGUUGGCCAAUUGCUGAAUGAAGCCUUAAAAAAAGGAGAAGAAAAGUUUGCUUUAGCCAAGUCAACUUAUGACACUGUAGAUAGACAUUGUACACGCUUAGAUAACGAUCUGCAAAAGAUAGAAGACGAACAAUUAAUAGGCCCUGCACGUUCAUCUAAACGAACACGGGAGACAGAAGAAGAAGAUCUUCCAAUAGAAGCAAUACCAAAUCAUAAAGAAUUACACAAUAAAAGACAAGGUAGAAAGAAAAGAAAGAGUAGUACAUCCAAUGAGCAAGAAUCAGUCUAUUUAUCAACACAGGAUGCUAUACAACAUGCAAAAGCUGCUGUCUCUUUAAGUGAUCUACCAAUUGAUCCUAAUGAACCACUGUAUUGCUAUUGCUCUCAAGUAUCUUUUGGUGAAAUGGUGGCAUGCGAUAAUGAAGAGUGCGAAAUUGAAUGGUUUCAUUUGGAAUGUGUUGGAUUAAAAGUACCACCAAAAGGCAAAUGGUAUUGCAAAAACUGUAUUCAAGAUUUAAAAAAGAAGAAAAGGAUCUAAGACGAUGUAGAAGCAGGAGAUUCAUCAUCCACCCGAGCCUUCUUUCUUCUUUCUUCCUCUUCUCUCU